CUAGGACUGUAAAACACAAGUUACAGAGUUUGCAAAGAAGUGAGCAUUUGUACAUGUAGCAAAGGAAUAGAAAGCCCAAGGCAAAGUUUUCAACUAAAAAAGAGAUGGAGCCUACCCCGAAAGCGCGAAAGACGAAGUCGUCGUCAAUGUUUAAUAGUCGAAAGAGAUUUUUACUUUACUUUACUUCGCCAUUUCGCUGUCAAGUUACGACUGGCCAAAAGAUAGACGAAUAAUUUUUUUUUCUUUCUUGUAAACAUAAACGCUGGUGCUCGUGUAUCGUACAGCCUAUAUUUUAUGAGAGACACACAGAUGGAAAAUGAGAUUCGAUCCUGCUCUCCUUUUCUUUUUCUUUUCUACAUGGACACCAUGUAAUAGAGCUUGCAAAGAAAAUGGGGUCUCUGCUGCGCUGGUUAACAGUUUUAUUAUCUUACUACCCCUCUUUCCUUUUUUUUUCAAUAGGCAGGCACGGAUUAUAUAGUCGACAAUCUCUGCAGGCCUUUGAAUGAUGAACUCUAGUACUGUCUAUAUAUACAUAUACACACACGUUCAAAAGGGGAGGAAGUCUUACGUUACCACAGCCAGUAUUAGAGACCUGUAUACAGUAUUGGACAUCUAAAGGCUACAAAUUAGUCUAUCGGCUAUCCAGGUUAAACCACGUAGAAUGACAGAGCCCAGCUCUGCACUGUCUCUGUUGCGGAGACUAUACGUGUGGCAAUGGGACGGUCUGAGUAUACGUUACAAGAAAAAAAACAGCUCAUCGAUCUGUGGCAUGAGGGGAGGGAAGACUGAAACCCAAUACAGAAAGGCUUACGCAUUGUAUAUACCUUGACCACCUUGACCAGCGGGAGAGAAAUAAGCCUCUGGAUGAGAAAAGGCGUGUCUUCCUUUUCGUUCAGCCAGGGCAAACAAAAGAAUGUAUAGCUUCUUUGCACUGUGGAAUGGCAUCACAAAUAUCGUCAGGGACGACAUGAUCCACACAUGGAUCCUAUUCUUUGAGUCUGUUGUGGGACAAUCGAGAGCUUGUCCAUCACUUACCACAAGUCAAAAUAGUGUUGACGUCUGCUCGAUUUGGAUUUUCUUAAAGAACCACUUUAAAUAUUUGCGCUUUACUUUCCAGAUUUCAUGUUUUUAGGAUAGUUUAACGUUUUAAAAUGUCACUGAUUUUUUGUUGUUGUUUGUUUAGGAAACAACAGCUUAAAAUUACAGCAAAAAGGCUACGCAACAUGGCCUAAUGUUUACGAAUACAUGUCCCGUCGUAGCGGAGAACGGAAGGGAUUUGGUCGAAGCGAACAAAAGGUCAAAAUACUUUAAAAUAAAUAAAUAAAUAAAUAAAAAACAGACUUGAUUUGAUGCGGAUAAAAAAAGUUAUGGGUGACAUUUUAACGCCCCCCCAAAGUAAAGUCUGUUUACCCCACACUCGUUUUCCUUCAAGAACUUAAGAACUAAAAGAAAAUCAGAAAAAAUAAAAGGCUGUCGAGUAAUUAAAAUUUAUCAAGGCUCUUUGAUUGAAAAAAAAAUAUUUUUUUAAUUAACGGGUACUUCAGAAAUGGUAUCCUGUAGAACAGUAAUCGCCUCAAGUUUUUGCCAUUAAGACGAAACAAUAAGUUGACUUGAAAGUUGCUCCCCAUCAUAAAACUGUGCAGUCUCUGCGCACGUGAAACAAGUCGUGGGCGAAUGCGAAAUAUUUUAUCAUUACAAUCAAACGGAUGGAUGGAGAAGGGCGCUGGAUUUCUGUUACAUUCAAAUGAAUGAACAAGAUUUUUUCAACUUCCACCACCCAUAGGGUAAAAGUAGUUAAAACCAAAGAGAAAAAAUAAAAAUAAAUAAUGGCAUGGCGGAGAAACUAAACAGAAACCUUUACGCGAAUCCAUAGUAAUUAACAUGCUAAUCGACAUGGCUUGUAGAACAUCCGUGAACGUUAAGUAUAUUGACUUUCGCACCAUUUGACGUAUAUGCGUAUAAAAUAUACACAAGAAGCAGCAGAAACCCUUAUAUUCCCGUUGCAGUACAUACGUAUAGUGCUCACGGCUAACUGACGAAAUGAUUCGAUUAGCCUGACGGGUUUAAUAAUGUAUUAGGCUGUAUCCCUAACACUAUGCGCAUUGCCAUUCCGGUUCGCGUCUAUAAGCUAUAUGCAGUACGUUUAUAGGCUGUUGCAGAAGAAGGGCUGCAUACAUUAAGUUCUUUUGGAUUUCUUUUUUUUUUUUUAAGCUCUAAAAAAAAGAAAACAAAAGAAAAAUGCUACCUAAUAAUCCAUUUAGAAAGUGGAAGACAAAAAGGUAAUACGUAUAAAGACGUUCCUGGAAGCAGAGAGAUAAAGCACGAAAAUAAUUUCCCCCUGAAACCCGGACAAGAAGGAAAGGAAUUCAGCCUAGACUUUAAUCAGGCCAUGGUAAUCUUUAUCACCUCGACAUCGUGUAUAUAUACCUACGAAUUAUUCCGUGCGAUCCGUCGUCACCCGACAAACUUGGAAGAUUAAAAAUAUGGAUCAGUGAAAAUAACAGGAUUAAACUUACGGCUAAAAGGUUAAGAUAAACAACAUUUUUUAAACACAAAAUAAACAAAGGAAUUUUACACGAAAUAGCAAAUAGCGAAAGUUUCUUUAAACGACGCACCAUCCCGAAACAGAUGCGCUUGUUUGCGUUUCAUAACGUGCGGAGGGGGGGGGGGCGGAGAUGCAUCAGUUUUGUGCUGAAAACUUUAGUUGAACGAAGGAAACUCAACAAAGAGACAUGAGAGAGGAUUACAAACUUUUCGCGUUUCAUUGUCCAAGAGAAAAAUAAAAUUGUCUUGCAAGAUUUAUUGUAAAUAUCUGUGUAAUACCGAAUCUCCCGAUCGUGCGGAUACGUUCCGCUCGGCUCUGGCAGAAUUAUUUAACAAAACAGCUGAGAUCUUUCUAUACACACUUGCUCGUUUAUCGUUGGAAUAUUCUGGCCGGCUCGUUUAUUGCGUCAUCGGAGAGCGACGUCAGAGAAUAGAAAAAAAUGCAUUUGCCAUAUCUGUUUGCUUUCCCCUUUUUUUUUGCGCUCUUUUCUUGUUGUCGGCAGUUUUGCUGGCGCAUCCCAGUAGGCCCGGCUCUAUAGGCGUCCAGCGGCCUACACGCAGUAGAUAGGACUGUAUUUCAGAUGGAGAGAAAGAGGCAAAAGUACUGCGUGUAGAACUGCUGUCAUCGAUUCAAAGCAAACGCUUACGUUACAUCCACUCCCACCGCUCCCUGUGCUGUCUGUCUAUUGUACAAUUUCAGGCCAUCAACAAGCGGCGCACGUCAGACCGAUUUUACUUUAUUUUAUUUUUUUCAAAAAAAUUUUUGUGUUGCUACUGUCCGUCUUGCGCGGCUUUGGCGACGAUUGCCCAUCAGUUCGGAUCUAAUAAUGCAACUGUAAAAUCGAUUGAUCUUUCACCUUCCAAGCGUUUUCUUUGGUACAAAAAUAAACAAAUGGGAGCGUAUAACUAUCGAGACACGCAAAAGCGGAGCUCGGCGGGAGAUUUGAAAACGAAAAGAAAAAUGCAUAACCACUGAUUUUGCUUUGCAAUCAAAUAUCCACCUACCGCUUGCUGAUUGUCUACGUAUUUGUUUUCUGUCUCGGAAGGGCUUGAAAAAUGACAACAGCAAAAACAAAUGAACGCGGAAACGCUUCGCAGCAAGCGGUCGGCAAAGUCAGCACUUUCCGACAUUUUAUUUUCGAUUGUUUUUUGUUUUAUUUUUUGUUUUUUCGUUUGGUAAAAUAAACUGACAGGAAUUGAUAAAUGGAUCUUCUUUUUUUUUCAAGAGUCAUCCCGUGAUCAUCGGUCAUUAAAAAUUCAAUGCUUUUUAUAAAUCUACUCAACAAUUUUGUUUAAAUGUUUAAAAUCUUAGUACACGUCAUCAUCGUCUUAGUUGCUGGGCUACUCGAUCAAUGAUGACGACGAGAAUACCUAGCAACACAUGACGGAAGUGUUGGACCUCGGUUAUAAUUAAGAAACGGCGGAUGAGUUGUAAUAUUCAAAUAUGUCCCCCCUCGCCCUCGCGUUUUACACGUACCCUCUAAGGAAUCUUUUAGAAAGACGACGAUGAAAAUCCACUUCCUUCUUGUUUGUCAAGUGGGUAGACGCGAUUCUCACUUGUAAUAUUCUUUUGGACGAUGCUGAGUGAUACACGCACAAAGAUAAAAAUUUGUCCCCCCUUUCAUUUCUUUUUCAUCGCGUACAAUAAAUUGGACAAAUCCACCAAACCCUGAGAAAAGCACUUCAUUAUGCAUCUGCUAACUGCGUUGGCUUUCAACGUACACGGGGCUCUAUAAAGAAGAUGUGAGCUUUGCCAACUCGAUCUUUUUUUUUUUUUUGAAAGUUGCUGCUUCACCUAAGGCUUCAUCCCCUAUAUUACGAAGCAUCAAUUUUUCUCGGUUUUAAUAUUUGACGGUGAACAGUUAAUUAAUGAAUCCUUACUAUACUCAAGGCGGAUAAAUACGAACAAGACAAACUGUCUAAAGGCAACGCCCACCGACGAAUUAGUCAACCUUGUGUCAACAACGUAAAUACAAAACGUUGGAAAAAGAAUUAUACAAUCAAUUAGUCAUAUUUUUGUGUUAUGUUCGCUCGUUAUUGUUUUCAUUGAUUUCUCGUUUCUAUUUCAGCGCCUCUACCACGAAAAAAAAAUAAAAAAAAUACGGGUAAAGGUGGGGCAACAAGGAGGUGCCCGCGCACGUUAUUUCACUCACGCAGACGACGGGAGCAACACAACAAAACACACACACAUAUACUCUGGCCUUUUUUUUAUAUAAAGACACGAGGGAAAAGGGAAAAAAAUAAAAAAAUAAAAAGCUGACGUCGGAUGGGUUCUGUAGUUGGGAGGGGAGUUUACUCAGUCGUCCAACGUUCAUCCGACUCGUUGCACGCGUUCUGCUUCAUCUCUUCUUAACGGCUACGCUCGCAGUAUCCGUGAGCACGGCACGUAACACAAAAAAACACCGGACCCUUUUUUUUAAAAAACAAGAGUGGCAAAGUCUCUGUUUGUUUUGUUUUUUUCGAUUGCCUUUACAUUUUUUAUCGGAAUCAACAGAAUCAAUAAGCAAAAAAAAGAAAAAGAGAGAGGGAGCGGCGUGCUAAACGGCGUUCCCGCCUAAUCACUCACGUCUAGCCAAGUCAGCUCUCCAUCCGGAAUUCUUCAGCCUUUUAUUAAUUGCAGAGAGCAGCAAACACGCCAAACGUUCGUCGCUACCGUUGCGUCGGUUGAUUGAAGGAGAGCGCAACAAAAUAAAUAAAUACAACAGUGGACAAACUCAUUCGGAGAGGCUACCACCGGUCAAUUUGGUGAACGUGAUUUUCUCUUUUUGGCCAUGUGGCAAACAGCAGAGAACAUCAUUUGGUGAUGUGCAUUAGCUAAUCAUAAUAACGCCAGCGUGUGUGUGCGCACCUAUAUAUCGGAUGACUCACUGGCAUUGGAUACACCUUGCAUUCUAUUUCGACGAAGAGAGAAAAGUGAGGCAAGCGAGUUAGUGAACAAAAACGAAACAAAAAAAUAGGAACACUGGCAAAUAUGACAAGAGCUAAUGUCAAACAAAGAGCCAUCGACGCUAGCUGUUGUUGGUGCUCCGUUUUAAUGGAUGCCGGUAACCUGAUCCAUCACGACAAACCCAUUACGAGCAGUCGCUCGCUACUCCUACUGCUACUCGUCGCUCUAUUUCAAGUUGGCGAGACGAUCCGGCUGGAACACGUGGAAGUACCGAGUGUAGUGGCCGUUGGCGAGACGGCCGCUUUCCUCUGCAACGUCGACCUGGAAUUUGACAACGAACUCUACUCCGUCAAGUGGUACAAAGACAGCGAAGAAUUCUACGAGUGGAAGCCAAAGAGGACGCCCUCGGUACAGAUUUACCCCGUCGAGGGAAUCCAAGUUGACAGGGAAAAAUCCGUUAGAGAAGCCGUGGUGCUGCGAUCCGUCACGCCAGCCACGGCCGGAUUCUUCCGUUGCGAAGCUUCCGGCGAAGGUCCAGCCUUUCGUUCCGUCUCCGGUGGGGCAGCCCUGGCGGUUGUCAUCUUACCUAAACGGAAACCGGACAUUUUCGGAGGCUACGUCCUCGACCAAGAGGAUGGAACGGUGGAACUCAACUGCACGACCGACGCGUCCCGGCCAGCCGCUCAGAUCCGUUGGCUCAUCAACAACAAUCCGGUCCACCCGGAACUGGUCCAGGAGACCAGCGUCAGUCGGACAUCGUCCGGCUUAGAGACAAGCUUCUCCGUCCUCCAACUGCAAUCGAGAGAUCAUUUCCCGCGUUCGGCAUCGGGAACCAACACGGCCACCGUCGCCUGCGAGGCCGUUAUUCCUCACCAGCCGAAAAUUGCGUCAUCCGCGUCUUCCGUCGCCCACUGGUCGACGCUGUCGUCUUCGUCUACGCAUUCCAGCCAUCCGGCGCAAUCAUCACAGCAUCAGUUUCAAAGGCGCAUUGCAUCGGAUAGUCAUCAGCACGGCGAACGAGUUUUCCGCAGCCGGAACAUCGCCAGCGCGGAGACUCUUCAAUCGUUGACUCUCCGUACAGAAAUCCUGAUUUACGUGAACGCGGGUAGGUGGAUCAUCGGUUCAGCCUUCACAAUCAUCACGGCUCUGAUCGCUUCGUAUUUACUCAGUUAAGAUUGAUUAGAUUAUCAACCCUAUUUACCCCUUGUACGUACAUUAAUCAAUCCCGCACUCUUUUGAUUGUCUUUCUUUAAAAAAAACAAACAAAAAACAGCUGUUUCUUUUUCCCCCCUAUACGGUCAGCACCAUGUCAAAACACAUUUUUGUUGAGUUACACUGUUUGUUGACUGGUCAUGUCCUCAAUUGCAAGUAUCGCACGUCCAUCCAAUUUCUUUGGCGCUCUGUCAAGCAAAUAAUAUAAAUAUAUUGUAUAAUCCUAUCACCCCAUAUCUAUUGGUAUUUGUAUCACACACACACACACACAUGUAUUACGUCUCAAUUUCUUUUGGGCUCGUGCCUACGUUAUGGAAAAGACAGAAAAUCCUUUACACUUACACAUUUGGGAUGGAGGCGGAAAAAAAAAAUAAAAGUGUUCCAGGGCA